AUGGCUUAUUCAAGAAAAGAUGAAGGGUGUCCUCAGUUACUAGAUUUGAUUCCAAAAAAGAAAGAAUGGCCUACAAAGAGUGGAGAAAUUAAACAAACAGGCCAUGGAUCUUCAGAGGAAAACCAGCUUGAGUUGAGGCUUGGUCCACCAAAUGGAGACUGGACCAUAAAAAAUAACAACACUGUUAGCUAUUUCUCUCCAUGGUCGUCUUCUUCAGGCUACCAAGUGAAAUCUCAGCAGCAAACGACGCCGUUUCUUCAAGCACAUGGCCAACUGAAGGAAUCCUCGCAGCCCAAUUGUACUAUAGCAGAAAAGAAGACAUUUUCAGCAGCUAAUACAGCUGUGCCUAGCAGCAGCAGUGCUCAGAAAAGAACUGCUCCUACACCAGUAGUGGGAUGGCCUCCUAUUCGUUCGUUUAGAAAGAAUUUAGCAAGCGGCAAUUCUUCUAAACCUGUCUCCGAGUCGCAGAAUGUGGUUGGUAGCAAAAUUUCAAGUGAAAAAGCUAUCGAAAAUCCCACUAAAAGUUUGCUUGUGAAGAUCAACAUGGAUGGAGUUCCCAUCGGAAGAAAAGUUGAUCUUAAAGAACAUGACAGUUAUGAAAAGCUCUCCUCUGCUGUUGAUGAACUCUUUAGAGGCCUUCUUGCAGCUCAAAGCAAUUUUUCGACUGGUGGAAUCAAGAAAAAGGAAGACGGGGGGAAAGCGAUUACGGGUUUAUUGGAUGGAAGCGGAGAAUAUACCUUAGUGUAUGAAGAUAAUGAAGGGGACAGGCUGCUUAUUGGGGAUGUUCCUUGGCACAUGUUCGUAUCAAGUGUGAAGAGAUUGCGAGUACUGAAAAGCUCUGAACUCCCUACACUCUACCGUGGGAGGAAACACGAAAAGCUCUCUUAA